GCUGUACAACCUCUGUGCCCUAGCUGAGCCCUGAGCAGCCUGGCGCUCCUUCACAGCUGGCCUGGCUGCAGCCUUCCCUCCAGCCAGACGGGGCAAGGGCUAUGAACGAGUCCUAUCGCUGUCAGACAUCCACCUGGGUGGAAAGGGGCUCCUCGGCGACGAUGGGCGGUGUGCUCUUCAGUGCAGGGCUACUGGGCAAUCUCCUGGCACUAGUACUGCUGGCGCGCUCCGGGCUGGGGUCCUGCCGGCCAAGACCACUGCAUCCGCCGCCCUCGGUCUUUUAUGUGUUAGUGUGUGGCUUGACGGUCACCGACUUGCUGGGCAAGUGUCUGGUCAGCCCGAUAGUCCUGGCUACCUACGCGCAAAACCGGAGCCUAAAGGAAUUGCUGCCUGCCUCAGGCAAUCAGUUAUGUGAAACGUUCGCCUUCCUGAUGUCCUUCUUUGGGCUAGCCUCGACCUUACAGCUGCUGGCUAUGGCUUUGGAGUGCUGGCUGUCUCUGGGACACCCCUUCUUCUACCAAAGGCACAUCACCCUGCGCCGGGGAGUGCUGGUGGCGCCGGUUGUAGGCGCCUUCUGCUUGGCUUUCUGUGCGCUCCCCUUCGCUGGCUUUGGGAAGUUCGUGCAGUACUGUCCAGGCACCUGGUGCUUCAUCCAGAUGAUACACAAGAAGCGUUCGUUUUCGGUAAUAGGCUUCUCUGUGCUCUACUCCAGCCUCAUGGCGCUGCUGGUCCUCGCAACCGUCGUGUGCAACCUGGGUGCCAUGUACAACCUCUAUGCCAUGCACAGGCGCCAGAGGCACCAUCCUCGCUGCUCCAGGGACCGCGCCCAGGCAGGCUCAGACUACAGGCACGGGUCCCUGCAUCCUUUGGAGGAGCUGGACCACUUUGUGCUGCUGGCUCUCAUGACAGUGCUCUUCACCAUGUGUUCCCUGCCUUUAAUUUAUCGUGCCUACUAUGGAGCCUUUAAACCUGUGGACAGAGCUGAAGGAGACUCAGAAGACCUCCAAGCCUUGCGUUUUCUGUCCGUGAUUUCCAUCGUGGACCCCUGGAUCUUCAUCAUUUUCAGGACUUCAGUUUUCCGGAUGUUAUUUCACAAGAUUUUCACAAGACCUCUGAUUUGCAGAAGCUGGCACAGCCAUUCCUGGCGAAAUAAUAUGGAAUCUACUUUGUGAGGGCUCUGCACGCCCUAAUAAGCUGAAAAUCCUGCACACAUCCAAACAAAGAACCGUGGUUGGAAAAGCCUCACAAUUUAAAUCCUUAAAAGCUAUCUCCCAUAGGGAGCUGGAGAGAUGGCUCAGCACUGAAGACCAUCUACUUCUCUUCCAGAGGACCUGAGUUUGAUUCCCAGCACCCACAUCAGGUGCCUCACAACUACUUAAUGCCAGCUCCAGGCGUCUGACACCACUGGUCUCAAUGAGCAACUAACUGCACUCAUGUGCAUAUAACCACAUGUGUGUGUGAUCACGGGCACACACACACACACACAGAGAGAGAGAGAGAGAGACAGAGAGAGAGAGAGACAGACAGAGAGAGACAGAGAGAUAGACAGACAGACAGACAGACACUUAAACAUAAAUUUAAAAUAUCUCUCAUAAUUAAGACAUCUAUUUUCAAAGGUAAUCAGUUUAACAAUAAUGUUGUCACUCUAUCCAUAAACCAUUUUGGUCCAUUAAAAAGGAAUGUGUUAUUAACAGCAACUAAAAUUUGUAUCUUCUAAACAAUGUUAACAGUAUUAUAGCAACCAGUUUAAGUGUCUCAACAUUUGUACCUGAUGGUUCUAAAUGUUUAGAGCAGUCUCAAGACCUAUGGGUUGUUAUUGGAAUAUGAUAGGAACAACACUGUAUGUUUGUAAUUUUGUGGUGGGUAUUCUUGAUCAAGCCUAGAAAUGGCUCACACAUUUUUACAGUAAAGCCUAACUUAUUUUGUAUCAUCGUUGCACUUUUUGGUGUUGUUUUGGUUUGGUUUUUUGUUUGUUUGCUUUUGUCAAAUGACCUGAGAAUAAUCUGAAUUAUAGAUACAUUUCAGAGGAGUUAGAAAGCCAGAUCAGGUCAGGCAUUUGGAGAGACCAUUUCAAGAGCUCACUGCCACAGGGGAAGACCUGCAACUCCCAUGUAGUUAAAUGAGGCAAGAUGUAACUAGGGCCAACAACUCAAAGUGGAAACAGAAAACUGAUCUUUUGAAGUCUGGUCUGGAGGCAGGGAUGGCAAGGGGAGUCAAUAAUUUGCAUGAUGAGUCUAAGAUUUUCAAUUCAGGAAACCUUCAUUUUCACAUUGAUGGAUUCUUUGAAGAAGAGGAUUUAUGUUUUUUGGGAAAACACUGGUGUGUGACUUACCAGAGAGCUGUAGUAUUUACCAAUUUCAGCUGUGUGAACUCACCCAGAAUUGAGCACAGUAAGAGGCCCACCCAGGACAUAGCCUCUGUGGAGGAUGAUGGCAAUGGGCUUCACACCUGCCUCUUACAGCUUCAGUCUGCUGUUAGAGGAAUGAGAUGUUACUUGGGGCUGCUGUGAGCUGUGGUAAGCUAACAGCAAAGCAGGGCUCAGAAGGAGGCUGGGAGCACUUUACUCACUUAUGAGUUCACAGGAGUCAGCAACACUAUGGCCAAAAGAGAAAGAGUGGGGUGUGGGGUGGGGGAUGGGGAGUGCCCCUGCACUGGGAGAGAAGGUUCUAGCUGGAGCUCACAGCAAGAGCUUGGUUUCAGCAUUUGUAAAGCAGUAGAUGGGGUGUGAGAGAGUUUCUGAGUCCCUGAGCAUCCUGACACUCAGAUGCUGAAGUAGUCUCAAG